GAGCCCUGGGGCCUCACCAUGCCCGCCGUGCUUUCCAGCAUGGACAAGACCAAGGUGGCCUCCUACCUGCAAAGUCGCAUGAAGGACGUGAAGGACGGCGCCUUUCAGACGGCAAAAAGCAGCCUCAGCUUCGGCGAGCGCUUCACGCUGGCCGUGCUGGACAAGAUGAAGCGGUGGUCGCGACGCGGCUUCACCCACAUCUUCCUCUUCGCCGUGCUCAUGUUGUACAACGCGAUCGGCGCCUGUGUGAUGAUGAUCCUGGAAAAGCCGGCGUCCGGGCAGCACAGGGACCUAAAUCAGCUGAAGCUGGACGUGGUAGAGCGUCUGCUGAACAGAACAGAUCCCGGGGCGGUCGUAAACGCGACGGAGUUCCGGCUGGAGGUGCAGAGUGAGAUCGAUGCCCUCCUCGAGACGUCUUUUGAGCAGUUUAACCUGUUGCGCUGGCACCCGGACCCGGACGACAACCCGUGGGGCUUCUGGGGAUCCAUGUUCUUCUGUUUCACCAUUCAUUCGACCAUUGGUGAGUACGAUGCCAUGCUACUGAUCACCUGUUGGGAGUUCCAGGAGCUACAAAUGCAUUUAUAAGCGAAGUUUCCGUCUCACAGAUGUAUGGGCUGUACCCGUUAUUUUGCGUAUUCGUUAGGCAAGGGUGACAAUUGUUCGCGAAGCUGCGAUCAACGAUAAGCUUUUAGGACAGGUAGGUGCAAGGUUGGGCUCGCUUCGCUCAGCAUGGUGUGAUUAUGUUUCAGCAUCAAAGCUCACACGCCCCGACUGAUUGGCAUGUUCUUAUUUUUGCACUCGAAACCACAGACAGAGUACCUGUGGUGAGGGGCGGUCUGUAGGUCGGCAUGGAAAUUAUGACACGUUGUUCCAAUUUGCACGCCAAUUUGUAAGGUGGUGGCACGAUAGUCGUAAUAGUGCAAUAUUUUUACAUUGAGUUAAACGUGGCUGAGUUCAUCACCACUGCCAUCUUGU